AUGAACUCAACUAAAUUCUUUGACUUCUUUGGCAAAAUCCGUGAAAUUAUCGUGAUUCUUGCGGACAUCAAAUCUGGCACCGGCAACCUCAUCACGCGACUCAGGAAGCGCCCCGUACAUUAUUUGGUGGUGUUCCUGGCAGGUGGGGCAAUCCUUGAUAUUCUUCUGACACAAACAUCAAACUCCAAAUCACUGCUAGUGGUUGCAUGUGGGAUGGCCGCUGAUUACAUCGCGUUCUGGACCCUCCACUCAACCAACCCCAUCCUAUGGCCGCUAUGGCGAACCAGUAAAGAAGCCAAGGAGAUGCCAAAUGAAGUCACGUCUCCCAUGAUGUAUUUAUUCAACGGUAAGGGUGACCUCCCCGCCAAGUUAGGUGAGGAAACCCCCACAAGCAACAAAGCUGGCAAGUGCCACUCCGAUGAUGACAUCUCUCAGUCAAGUAAUUCACCAUCUGAGAAUCUUGACACCAAACCAACUAGCAAACCUACUCAAAGUCCACCUCCCCACCCAACCAACUCAAACACAGAUCAACUCAUGCAAGCCAUCCAAAAACUUCUUGAUGAGACAGAACUCCCCCUUGCCAGUCCACUCAUUGCACAACUGUGCUCGGUCAGCCCAACUGAUGGAUUGACAAAUGAAGAUUUGGACACAAUGUUUUUUAUGAAUGUCAACUCUACAAUGGAUGCACUGUUUGGCAUUGAAAUGGGUACCACACACAUAACUGGCGGUGAGGGUGGAUUGAAAUUAGUACUGUCUUGGUUGGAUCGGGCCAGAGCACACCCCUCCUGGGCACCAGCGCAUGAUUGCUUACUUGAUAUCAAACUUGAGCGCAUCUUGGAUGCACUUAAAGAUUAUAAUUGUUGA